CUCCUCAUUCUUCUCCGUAGCUUAAAAUAGAGAGAACAUAAAAACAAGAAGUUUUUUUGAAAAAAAGGUUAAUUCUGGAUAAUAAAAACGAGAGUUGUUGUUUCUCGCGAAGAUGAAGAUGAAAUGAUAUCCUAUGAUGAUGAUCAUGUUUCUUAAUAAACCCUAAUAAUCAGGAAGAGAGGGCUUUUCAAGAACAUUCAUCAAUGUCCGUUAUAUCAUCUCGGACUGGACGAGAUCGUCAACGUUACGACAACAACUUUCGUCUCGUUUCUGGAUGCAUUCCGUAUAGGCUGAUCAAAGACGAAGGAAGUGAAGAAGACACAAGUGUUGACUUUGUAAACAAGCUUCAAGUUCUCAUGGUUUCAUCUCCUAAUCGUCAUGAUCUUGUCUUCCCAAAGGGAGGAUGGGAAGAUGAUGAGACAGUUCUUGAAGCUGCUUCUCGUGAAGCCAUGGAAGAAGCUGGAGUUAAAGGAAGCCUUAGAGAAGUUCCUUUAGGAGUUUGGGAAUUUAGAAGCAAAAGUAGUAUUAGUAGUAGUUGUAAUGAGGAGGAUGAAUGCUUUGGUGGAUGCAAAGGAUAUAUGUUUGCAUUAAAGGUAACCGAAGAACUAGAGGAAUGGCCAGAACGUGAGAAUCGUGAGAGGAAAUGGUUGAAUGUUAAAGAAGCAUUAGAGCUGUGUCGGUAUGAGUGGAUGCAGAGAGCACUUGAAGAGUUUCUAAGAGUAAUGCAAGAAGAAGAAGAAGAAGAAGAAAGGAAAUUGAGAUCAGAGGAAGAGGAAGAGACAGUGCAGGAUGAUUCUUCAAAGCUAGAGGAGUGUCAAAUAGAUCCUUGUUACUGUUUUGUAGUUAAUUAGUUCUUUUUCAAUCUUUAUUUUAGCUUUUGGAUUCCGUUGAAAACCUGCUUCUAAUACUAAUGUAAACAAGUUGAAACAUAAGAAGCAAACAUGACUUCAGUUUGCAUGUGACAUUACGUAAUCUCAAACUUUGUCUGGAAUA